ACCUCCUGCUCUUGCCACAAUCAUAUCUAAUCUACUAAUCUAGUGCCCCACUGCCCAUUCUCAUUGUGCCUGAUGUCUCCCUGUCCCAGCUCCAACUUGCCUCACCUAUAUAUCUUCUACGCAAGACUACUUCUGCAUACCUGAGCCUGAAGUUUCUGAACCUUUCCCUGCAACCUCAUGCCCUCCCAUUAAUCCUUCAAGGCUCCCUCCCACUCCCACUGAAAGAGCCACCAAUUAACCCUGUGCUGACUUGUCCCAGUGACGUGAACCCAUCGCCGGCGAUCGGCCAAGAUCGGCGGCGAGCAGGGUGCCGGGUCAUCGAUUCGAUCGUCUCCGAGUUCGCAGCCUUGGAGAAGGGCAGCAUGCAAGAGGGGCACGGCGAGACCGUCAACUACAGGGUGUUCGCCGGCACGUGGAACGUCGGCGGCAAGGCGCCGCCGGAUGAUCUUGACCUGGAGGAUUGGCUGGACACCAAGGCCGGCUCCCACGACAUCUACGUUCUCGGGUUCCAGGAGAUGGUGCCGCUGAAUGUGAGGAGCGUGCUCGGCCCCAAGCAGAGAUCGGCGGCCAUGAAUUGGCAGCGGCUUAUCGGGGACGCACUGAACGGCGGGAGGAGGAGCGUGAUGGAUGGAGAAGACGCGGCGAUGGAUCACGGACAGGGCGCGUUCAGGUGCGUCAUGAGCAAGCAGAUGGUCGGCAUCUUCGUCUCCGUGUGGACGAGGAGCGGCCUCCGCCGGCACGUCCGCCACCCCGGCGUCUCCGCCGUCGGCGCCGGCGUCCUCGGCCGGCUCGGCAACAAGGGCGCGGUGUCGGUCCGGUUCUUGCUGCACGGCACGAGCUUCUGCUUCGUCUGCUGCCACCUGGCCUCCGGCGGCGGCGACGGCGACGCGCUACGCCGGAACGCCGACGCGGCGUACAUCCUCGCGAGGACGAGCUUCCUCAACUCCGGCGGCGCGCCGGCGCCGGCACCGGAGGAGCUGCCCAGGAAGAUUCUUGACCAUGAUCGGGUGGUGUUGCUCGGCGACCUCAACUACCGGAUCGCCAUGGACGACGCCGAGGCGCGGCAGCUGGUGAGGGCCAGGAAAUGGAGCAUGCUGCUGGAGAACGACGAGCUGCUGCUCGAGCUCGCCGAGGGCCGGCGGUUCGACGGCUGGCGCGAGGGCCACGUCACCUUCGCCCCGACCUACAAGUACCACCGCAACUCCGACCAGUUCUGCUGGUGCGCCGACGGCGGCGCCGCCGCCGGCCGCGGCAAGCAGCACCGCGCGCCGGCAUGGUGCGACCGGAUCCUUUGGCGAGGGAAGGGGAUGAGGCAGAUCCGGUACGAGUGGUGCGGUGGCUACAGGCUCUCCGAUCACCGGCCGGUGAGGGCCGUGUUCCACGCUGUGUGUGAGGUGGUGGAAACCAAAGCAUGUUAACUAAGCUGCAGGCUUCUGUCCUCUGAAACAGUUAACAAACGAGAUGCUGUAAAUUUUACAGAAAUUCGACAACAGCUUGGUUUCCUGCAUCCGUUUUCAAAAAUAGGGCCUCGAUGAUUUACCUGAGGAUGAAAGGCUCUUGUUUUCGCCUUUGUAUCUGCAGGUGAAAAUUCAUGUAAAUUUCCUGUUCUUUUCCCCUGCUGAAGAAAUGGAAUCCGGGGAUCAUUGUCCAGUCGAUUCAUGUACCAUUAGGAUGCAACCUUUUAUGGAUUGAAUCGAUGAUAUUUUUUCUUAC